AUGGCAAUUGCAAUGGCAAUACCAAUGCCAAUGCCAAUGCCAAUGCCAUCUGUCAAGCACAAUCCGUGGAGUUCUUCUCUUCAUCCGAUCCGUGCGUCGGCGCAAGUUCCUGCUUUUGUCGCGAUUAAUAUCCUCCACGCCGCGACUGGCCCAAUGGACGACGGCAGCAGUCCACGUGAAGCAGCAGAGGGAUGCCAUGCGGUCGACGUUGCCUCGUGGCGCGCGGAGAAGGACAUCUUGGCGCUUGGCAAUCGAGUCAUCUUGUCUGCAAGGCUGACACGCCGAAAAAGGCAAGCGCGAUGCUCGGUCGGGGCGGGCGAUGCCGACCAUGCCCGAUGCGGCAGUCGUGCCUUCCCACCUGCAGUCGGCAACUGCGACCAUCCUGCCAUGCGGCUGAAGGCACACGGAAUGGACAAAAUGGAUCGUGUUUUUUUUUCUUAA